AUGCUCAUUGCUCAGUCCCUAUGGCAAUGUUUGUACCGAUUGCUUGUACCCACCCAUUCUAUGCUAUGAGGCUUUUUAACAUGAGCACUUCGUUUUUUAUAUUCAUUGAUGAUGUGCUGCUUUUCGUGUCUGUGUAUCCUUUGUUGUGUUUUAUUGUGCAUGUAUUGUUGUUGUUAUGUAUUGGCUGGUUCAAUCAAACGUGCCCUUUGGGGGAUUAAUAAAGAACUAUCUUAUCUUAUUACAUAACCUGGCCCAUCUUCUUGCUACAUGUUGGAAGCCAAAAAAUUAAAUAGAACAUUGUAUCUUUAUGCUGGAAACACUGUGUGCAGUAGGCCUACUGUCACUGUCGCCACGCACGGCAUUGUCCCCCAUGUAAUGCAGACACAGAACAGGAUGCAAAUAGGUAUAUAGGAAAACAUUUGGAAGCAUAAUUUUUGCAUGUAGCAAUUUGAGGAAAAUCAUAGAGCAAGAUGACUUGUAAAUUCAUGUGAUCUACUUAAUUGCAGCUAACUUAAAUGUUGUCCCACUGAGACAGGCCUCAUGUCAGUUAAAAGUGAAAUGCACAUGAUAUACACAUAGUUAAACUAAGUGAUGAUUUAAAAAAAAAUGCAUUUUACAUUUAGCUUAUUUUCCUGUAUUCCAUCCUUUUUUUGGACCAUACCUAAGUCAUGACUCAUGAGUCAUAAACUGAUUACACAAUUGGCCUAAUAACUUUUCCUUUACACGUGUUGGUUGUACAAGCAGAAUUAUAUAACCCAAUUUGGAAUAUAUAGGCACCCAUUAGAUGUUCUAGUGUUUGACUACGACUGAGAGGCAAACUCAAAGCACAUUCUCUAAAAACAUAAAAUAAUGGACGUGUAAGCAAAAAUCAAUCAUACAUGAAAAGCAUUUACUCUCCUUAGGCCUACUCAGCUCUCUUCACAACCACAAUGCUGUAUUAUUUCAUCCAAACCAAUCUCAAAUAUCCCACCUCACCUCAACACACGACAAUUAUAUGACAAUCUCAAUUCAAAGGCUUGUUGACAAUAUGGGAAACAAUGUUGCCUAACAGAACAUUGCAGUCACAGCACAUGAAACAGCUGAUCAUGUGACGUAACACUUUGACGUUUGGGGCAUUCCUCUCAUUUCCAGUGUGUAGCUGUACCUGACGAAGACGAGUACACUAGACUAUCUGAACAUGGCUUUAAAUCGAAAUCAUUCUCAAAACGGAGGACUUUUGAUCAACAACGGCGAGAGGUUAGUGAAUCAUUAAUCGCCACGAAGCUCACUUUCGGUAGCUUAGUUAGCUAACUCGCAAGUCAACGUUAGCUGUUAUGCUAGUGGCUAGCUUGCCAGCCAGUUCCGUACUUUGUGUUAAUUAUAUCUAGCCAAUGUCAGUUAACAACUUUUUUCAAUCAGCAAGCGCUAUUUUAUAGUGCUAACGUCAGUAGCUAGCUAUCAGUCAGCAACGUCGUUGUUGGCCUUGCUGGCAGGAAAAGCUAGCUAAGUUCGAAGUCAGUCAUCAUUACUCCUUUGAAACGUAUUAAAGCUAACGUUAGCUAGAUACAUUUGCUUACUUUAGUUAAACUAACGUUAGAUGUAAAAAUAAUAUACUCUGGUUAUAAGUGUUAGCUAGCUAGCUAAAUAAGUUUGUUUUCCAGGGAGGUAGACUGACAGCAAAGUCAACAAAGAGAGCGAGCCGCCCCUACUAACGCACCACCUGAGUCUAAAGUAAACGUUUUGACAGAGGUUUAGGAAAUUGAUAAAGUAACAGGAACUUAGGAAAUAUACGAAGAAAGACAACUUUUCAUAAUAGUUAGAAUUGACACAUUCUGGAAGUGUCAGAUUUAACCACCAGCCAGUAUGUGAAAUGCCAAUAGUAGGCCUAUGUGAAAUUAUGUAGACCAUACAGAAUCCCACUAUGUCCCGGUCUCGGUUCUGCUAGGAUUCUACUACAGUAUUUGUCCUAUGGAGGACCUAUCAUACAUACUAUACAUAUUUGUCUGUGAAUUCACUAGACAUGCCUAAACUGAACAUGUAUCCACCACUAGUGUGUUAAGGGAAUGCAAGAAUGUGGAGCUGUCCUUCAGCGAUGUCACCAGCAAGACAGACCUGCUGAGGGGGACCAAGAAGGGGACUGUUUACCUCACUCCAUACAGGGUAUGUUUAUUAUCUGACCAUGCUGGUCCUGUGUGCCUAAUAGGAUGUUGGAAGACAAUCAUUCUUCUUCGAUGAGGUUUAACGGCGGUUGGCAUCCAAUAAAUGUUGCAUUACCACCACCUACUAAACUGGAGUCCCUUAUACUUUGCUUAAAAAAAUAAAAGGAUUUCAACAAACACCCUACCAUCUAACCCUGCACUCACUAAAAACCCACCACCCUACUCCACUAUUUAAAUCAAUUUAGUCCUACCUCAAGCCAACAGCCUGAAAAGAUGGGAAACCAGCACUUAACACACCCUGUAACUCUUCUGACGUCAAGUCUUGUACAACCAAAUACCUCUCUGCAGCUGCCACCACAACCUCAAUUUUCUGUGACUUACAUUCCAUCCCUGCAGUACAGUUGAUAACCAUUGCUAUAAAUGCUAAAAAUCCAAUCUUACUGAAACAUAUAUAACGUGUUGGCCUAUCCCUCUGUACUGGUACAGUUCUACUACUCACACCACUCCUCUCAGGAUCCCGCCCCCUUGACCCAUCUUCCUCUACUUUCUUAACUGCCUCAGCAUACGACAACUUCUGCACUACUCUAACCCUGGAAACAUCAACCUGCCUCUUUCGCGCUGGACAUUUCUGAUCCCCAGCCCCAUGGGUAGCCCUAGAAUUAACACAUACCACUACUUUCCCCAGUUUUACACAUUCAUUUGUCUCACUCCUACACACUGCUGCCACAUGCCCAUAAGUUUGACACCUGUAACAGCAUAAUGUAUUCGGCACAAAAGCUUGUACGGGCUAACUUGUAUAUCCUAACAUCACUUUGUUGGGCAAAGACUCAACAUCAAAACUCAAAAGGGGGCCUACCGAGUGGCGCAGCGGUCUAAGGCACUGCAUCGCAGUGCUAGAGGCGUCACUAGACCCGGGUUCGUUCCCGGGCUGUGUCGCAGCCAGCCGCAACCGGGAGACAAAUGAGGCGGCGCACAAUUGGCCUAGCGUCGUCCGGGUUAGGGGAAGGUUUGGCUAGCCGGGAUGCAGUGUCCCAUCGCGCUCUAGCGAACCCAUGUGGCGGGCCGGGCGCCUGCAAACUGACUUCAGUCGCCAGCUGGACGGUGUUUCCUCCGACACAUUGGUACGGCUGGCUUCCGGGUUAAGCGAGCAGUGUGUCAAGAAGCAGUGCCGCUUGGCAGGGUCGUGUUUCGGAGGACGCAUGGCUCUCGACCUUCACCUCUCCCAUGUCCGUAGGGGAGUUGCAGUGAUGGGACAAGACUGUAACUACCAAUUGGAUAUCACGAAAAAGGACAGACAUCGACUCUUCUGUUUCACAACUCCGGCUACCCUGUCUGCGUCGCAUCAAACGACGAGCAUCACAAACUGGAAGACAUUCCAUUGUUCUGCGUCCCAUCUCAUUGCCCUCUUUCUCUCUGUUUGUCCUCAUUUCAGUUGGUGUUUGUGUCCAGUAAUGCCAAGGACAGCCUGGGGUCUGUGAUGUUCCCGUACUACCUGAUGAAGGGCUGCAGCAUCGAGCAACCAGUCUUCGCCGCCAAUUACAUCAGGGGCACAGUUUCUGCUGAGGCUGGGGGUAGGCAGCAAUUUGUUGUCCUCCUGUAGCAUUCAACACCAUAAUGAGGAAAGAACUAUAGAGCAUGCAAAGUGUGUAUGGCCUCCAGCCCCAGGUAUGGCCUGAUGUAUCCUAGGAAUACAUGCAGAAGUGAAUCAGUGACGCAAGGGUGAUUUGCCAAGGCCAGAUAUUUUCAGAGGCUGACAUCAGUCUGUAAACCACAAUCUCAUUUUACUUUACAAUGUCUGUCUGUGUCAAAGUUUUUAGCAGCAUUAGUAGAAAUUGAAAUGUGACAUCUCCAAGGCGCUGAUUAUAAUUCAAUAUCAGACGUGCAAUUUAAUGCAAAGACAAGUACACAGUGCUCAUCAAUGUAUUAACAGUCCUUUCUUUGGUUUCAGGAGGCUGGGAAGGACAGGCUAGCUUCAAGAUGUCUUUUUCCAAUGGGGGAGCCAUCGAGUUAGGUCAGCACCUCUUCAAACUGGCAACAAAUGGUAAGUCAUUUUAUGACUGUCAUGUUUAUCAGUACAGUGCCUAUUUGUCAUUCAACAUAUCUGCUUUACUCAGUUUAUAUCGUACAAUUAAAUAAUUCAUUAAACAUGUACAUCAUGAAAGCACUUCCUUGUAAUGCAGUCAAAGUUUGUUAUAUUUGUUAGGCUACAUAUUUGUUAUACAUGUUACUCUUUUUGUCAAGUCCAGUCUGUAUUUAGGUUUAACCCUCAACUUUGUUUUAGCAUCUCGUGCCCCUCCUGCUCAAAACGGAGGUGCCUCCUAUGGCUACCCCUCACCUGGAGUGAUGAAUGGCUACGGCCCGCCACCUGUUCCUCAGAACUACCCGUAUGCACCCCCACCCCAGCAGAAUGGUUUCUACCAGGCUCCCCCAGGCGACAUGGGCUAUCCCUACCCUAUGGCAGCCGCAGGUCUGUUAUUAAAUAACUUUAUCAUCACUAUAAAACUGUAUGUUAUGCAGGCUUGGGUCAUAAUAAUUGAGAAUCAAAGCUGUGAUGCUAGCAGAUUGACAUUUACAUCAGAGAUUGCAUAGCACUUAAAUACGGAAAUAUUUUGGAUAAUGCCUCCAUUCUUAUGAGUGUAUGAAUUUGAUUGAUUGGUGUCAAUAUUUAUAACUACUUGAAGUAAAGAUGUGUCCCCAAGGCUGUUAUGAGUAUUUUGGGUAUUCUCUCUCGUGUUGCAGGAAUGUACCCAUCUGCCCCUGCCUACAUGGCCCCACCUCCCCCGUAUCCUGGGCCCCCCCAAAACUGGGCUGCUCCCCCUGCAGGUCUGUCUCUCUGUCUCUUUCUGUAUGUCUGCAUCGCUGCAUCUGUCUGAUCCCAUCAGUCUGCUCCAAUAUGAAGCACAUGACGCAUGGCACUGAGAAAGGAGUGCUGAUGUUGUAACCGGUACACAUCAUAUUAAAAAGGAGAAACAAACAAAAUACCUCUCACCCCUAGUCUCCCUUACCCCAUGAAACAACCCAGUUGGCCUAAACUCAGUACGCCUCAUUUAGAUGUCAGUUGUGUGUCUAUUUGUGGGUUUUGGAGAAUUGAAAGAGAGUUGGAAGUGUGCCUCUGUGAAUCAUUCUGUCCGGAAGAUGUCUUGUCACGAGUGUCCUGCUGCAAUAUACUGGGCUGAGUGUGCUCCAUUGUCUCUCCUACUCCACAGUUACAGUAGCAUGUGCUUCUGUAUCAGUUACUGUACAUGUGCAUUAUUCGCCCCUCAUUUCUCUCUCCCUGAUCCUCAGGUAAUGCCAAGGCAGCAGAGGCAGCAGGCAGCGCCUAUUACAACCCCAACAACCCCCACAAUGUCUACAUGCCCAUGGUAAGGGACCUGUUAUUCUCUCCAUGUCCAUUCAGUGCAUGCACUUUAUGCUGUGUUGAUGUUUUCAGUUCAGUUUUUUAAAGAUAUUCUAUCACUGUUUAUUCUCACAUAGGAACAGCCUCCUCCCUAUGCGCCUUCUGCCCCUCCUGCUCCUUACCCAGGCUAUCCAGAGAAGAAGAACAACUAA